UCGUGCUUGUGAUUUCAUUCUUUUAUUUUGUUACAGAAUUUUGAUGGGAAAAGAUAGCGGCGAAGUUUUAAAGUUAUGUGACGAAGCUGAAGGUUCUGAUUCGGAUUCAGAUAUUCAAGUACUUUACGAAGCUGACGCAAGCAAUGUGAUGCCUGAGCCAGACUCGGGUUUUUCUUUUUUCAUUGACACUUCUUGUACUGAUUCUUGCGAGAAAGAUUCUCCUUCAACUACUAGUAACGGAAUUUUGAAUUCCUCGAAUAUUCUAUCUCAUUUGAUUGAAACUCCAAGUGAUAGCACACCAAAAAAUAAUAAUCGCAGAUCUGAUAGGGCUUGUUUCAAUUGUAAUUCUUUUGAUCACACAUCUCGUGAAUGCCCCCAUCCAAUAAAUAAUGGACGUAUUGCAAAAAAUCGAAAAAGUUUUAUGCAAAAAAGAGAGUCUGGUAGAUUCCACGAACAUACCCAAACAGAUGCUCUAGCAGCUGGUAAAAUAAGUAGACGAUUGAGAGAAGCGUUGGGGAUUAGCGAGAGGGAUUUGCCUGAGUGGAUUUACAGAAUGCGAGGACUUGGAUUUGUUCAUGGAUAUCCUCCUGCUUAUAGAAAAUGUGCUACUGAACUAUCAGUUUUUAAAAUGCAUUUUGGUGAAAAUGCUGAUAGAAAACGAAAACAUGAUGAAAUUAAAGAAGAUGUAAAUUUGAGAAUUGAUCCAGAAAAGAUUAUUAAAUAUGCGGGGUUUAAUUAUGAUGAUGGCCAUUUUAGAGAUAAAAGAAAAGAACGUUAUCGGAUACCUCCGUGGAAUGAAUUUGUUAAUGUUCAAGAAGUUUAUUUAUUACAAAUGGAUGUAGUUGAAAAAAUGGAAAAAGAAACAGAAUCCCCGUCUAACCCAAAGAAAUCAAAAUUGGAUUAUUCAAACAAGAGAAGGAAUUCUGAUAGUGAAGAUGAUUCUGAUAUUCUAAUAGUCGAUACUCGGCCAAAUAGUAAUGGCCUUGAAGAUGGAGAAAUACCUAGUGAAAGAAUUGUUGAUUUAGAGACAAAUGUUGUUGUUCGGAGAAGAAAGGAAGAAAUUGCUACAACUAUUAUGCAUAUUCCACCAGAGGAAAAUAAAAAUUUAACAAAUGAAGAUAAAAAAGAUGAAGAAAAAGUAAUAGAACAAGAUAAUCAAAAAAUAAAUGAUGAGCGAAAAAUAAUUGAUGAAAUGCGAAUUCCUGCCGAGAAGCUCAUUUUUAACGACAAAAUUAAUUAUGAUGUUAGAAAACCUUCACUUGAUAGUUUUGCGCAAAUAUUCAACCAUUUAGACAUCAAGUUAUUGGAAAGAGUCUUGGAUUUGUAAAACGUUUACAAAAUAUUAUGAAAGAUGUAAAAGAGAAGACAAAAAAGAAUAUUUAAUAAUUGUGUUAUUUUGAGAUUUUAAAUAAUUAAAUUCUGUAAAAAUCGUUUUUACAUUGUUUUUUUCGCAAUUGUUAGUGAACAUUAAAAGCAUGCUUAUUGUUU